GAAAAUUCAACGUUAUUUACGUUUAGCACGUGACCUCUCAACUCGAGCCAUUCCACAAUUUGGAGCGACUGUGAGAAGGUUUCGUAAUACCAACGUCCUGACAGCCGCCUCCACAGCUCUCCAAAAGUCCAUGCAAGAGCUCGGUGCGAGUGUCAAUCAUAAAGCCGAACUUCUCUAUCCUAUUCAUGCUCCUCACUCGGAUGCCGCUGGCGGAUACCCUCCAUACCUAGAUGUAAGUCGUCGCCACCUAGCAAUCUCUCAAAAGGCGGUAUAGCAGCUGUGAUCGAGGAAUGUGACACUGAUACUCCCCCUCCACAGGUGUGCGUUGCCGGUGGAAUUGGUGGAUCUCUCGCGGAUUUCAUGAUGCACAGCGUCGACACCGUCAAAACAAGACUGCAAGGUCAGGCACAGCAUCGUCCGAUGAAGUACCAUAAUAUGGUUCAGUCUUAUAGACUGAUAUUGAAGGAAGAAGGUGUUCUAAGAGGGCUUUACGCGGGCAUAACGCCUGCUAUGUUGGGCUCUAUUCCUGGGACAACUCUGUAUUUUGGAACAUAUGAGUUCACGAAACGAAAUCUAACUGCCAACGGUGUGCCAGAGUUCAUUGCCCAUCUUUGUGCUGGUUCCUUUGGUGACCUUGCUGCUUCAGUCAUUUAUGUUCCAUCAGAAGUCCUCAAAACACGUAUGCAACUUCAGGGGCGCUACAAUAAUCCACACUUCAUCAGUGGCUACAACUAUCGAAAUACCUGGCAUGCAACAAAAAUAAUUGUGAAGUACGAUGGAAUAGGCGCCUUGUUCCAUGGAUUCAGAGCCACGCUUGUUAGAGACGUACCAUAUUCUGCCCUACAAUUUGCAUUCUAUGAACAAUUCAAGAAACUGGCCAAGCAUACUUUAAUUGAACCAGGAGAGCAACUUCCAAUAUUAGCAGAUCUGACAACGGGAUCUUUAGCCGGUGCCAUUGCAGGCGCAAUAACAACGCCUCUUGACGUUAUCAAAACUCUGCUACAAACCCAGAUAAAACGGAAACGGCCAAUCGGUCAGACGGAAGUCCAUGCUUCUAACAACGUAGCGUCAGCAACAGCUAUUGCACCAUCUCAACCCCCACUACAGCCAAAACAUUAUUCCAGCAUUGUCGAAGGUUUGGUAUGGAAUUAUAAACACCAAGGUAUUAGCGGUUUAUUUCGAGGUAUUGGACCUCGUGUAUUUUGGACAAGCUUGCAAUCAGCUGUCAUGUUUGUAAUCUAUGAGCAAGUUCUACACUUGGAAGAACGACUACGCGAAAAAGAUGAUUGGCCACCAGGAGAAGUAUUGUCCAAACUAACCUCUGGACGAAGCUCUCAAUAAGGCCAAUGUCUCGAUGGCUAUAUCUCUCUUGUGAAUAUUUUAAAGAAAACCGAACAUAAUUUGCCCCACAUACCUCGUUGGAAACGAAGUUAUCUACCACCACGCCCAACGUUAUGCAAGCAUUGAUAGAAUUUGCUAGUCCCCUCGCUGUCAUUAUUCAAUGGCGGGAUUGUAUAAAAGUUUGACACCCUAUGCUACAUAGAACAACUAGACCAAAAAGAAUAGAUGACUACUAUCACACUUUUUAUAUAAAACACUGUUUUUUUUUUUCAUAUAUGUUUGUCAUAUACACACUGUAUAAGCAAAUGGCGCAUCUAUAUUGAAUCAGCUGGAAAAGAUAUAACUACAUUUUCUUUGUUGAAGGCCCGAUCUGUCUCAGCAAUGACUUGACAAUACGUCGUCCGGCAUAUAGGUUUUUCAACUUUAUACGUUCAUUGCACAAAUGAGCUUGAUCAGAAGC